GGGCGGGGCCGGCCGUCAGCUGACCGAGGCGGCGGCGGCGGCGGCGGCGGCGGCGGCGGCCUCGCGGGGACAGCAGUCGGCGUCGCAGACUCCGGCGCCGAGGGUUGCGGGCGCGUCCGCUCCCGGUGGGCGAGGCGGAGGCCGCGUAGCACCAUGGCGACCACCGUCAGCACGCAGCGCGGGCCGGUGUACGUCGGCGAGCUCCCGCAGGACUUCCUCCGCAUCACGCCCACGGCUGCGCAGCAGCAGGUGCAGCUGGACGCGCAGGCAGCCCGGCAGCUGCAGUACGGAGGCGCGGUGGGUGCCGUGGGCCGCCUCAGCGUCACCGUGGUGCAGGCCAAGCUGGCCAAGAAUUACGGCAUGACCCGCAUGGACCCGUACUGCCGGCUGCGCCUGGGCUAUGCGGUGUACGAGACGCCCACCGCCCACAAUGGCGCCAAGAACCCUCGCUGGAAUAAAGUCAUCCAGUGCACGGUGCCCCCCGGCGUGGACUCCUUCUACCUGGAGAUCUUUGACGAGCGAGCCUUCUCCAUGGACGACCGCAUCGCCUGGACACACGUCACCAUUCCCGAGUCCCUGAAGCAGGGCAAGGUGGAGGACGAGUGGUACAGCCUGAGUGGCCGGCAGGGUGACGACAAGGAGGGCAUGAUCAACCUGGUCAUGUCCUACACGGCGCUGCCGGCUGCCGUGAUGAUGCCGCCUCAGCCUGUGGUCCUGAUGCCCACCGUGUACCAGCAAGGUGUCGGCUACGUGCCCAUCACAGGUGUGCCCGCCGUGUGCGGCCCUGGCGUGGUGCCCGUGGCCCUGCCCCCGGCGGCCGUGAGCACCCAGCCCCGCUGCAGCGAGGAGGAUCUGAAGGCCAUCCAGGACAUGUUCCCCAACAUGGACCGGGAGGUGAUCCGCUCCGUGCUGGAAGCCCAGAGAGGGGACAGGGACGCGGCCAUCAACUCCCUGCUCCAGAUGGGCGAAGAGUCCUAGGGCCCCGGCCGCCACGCUGCCUCUGCCCCUCUCGACCUGCCGGCCCCGCCCCCCUCCCCGUUCCUGUGAAGGAGCCCCGUGUAGCCUUUUCUCAGCCAUCUGUAGCCCCAGUCCUCACCCUCGUUUGGGAUGCAUGCGGGUCGCUGGUCCCCAGCCACUGAGUGCCACCACCGCUUGGGUGCGGGUGUGGGCGGGCCUGUCCCUCGCUUUGUCGGGAGAAGAGUGGGCACGUGGGCCGUGUCCCGUCCACACGCUCUCCCCCCUGCCGCUUGGGGACGUGUGUCUUCGAGUGCCGUGUGCUUCUGCUCCGCACGCUGUCCCGAGAGCGCCCCGUGCGAGCAGCCUGACUCUGCGGCGCUUUAGAAAGCGUCCCGUGCCCUCCUGGUUUGACGAUGGCAUGCGGUUACUUUGCUCAGUCGGGGUAGACCUCGUAUUUCAGGCACAGAGAACAUCGACAGCCGAUUGGGAUGGUUUUUACGAGUCCAGCUUCAAAUUCACGUCCGUCCCUUGUUCCUUGUCUGUGGUCCGGGGCCGCUCACCAGCGUCCUGGGCAGGCUGACCUCUGUGUUGCCGGCCAGCGGCAGGUUCAGCGCUGAUGUCCGUCCACCCGCCUGUCCCCACCUGUGGGCUCUGGAGCAGGGCUGCCCUAGGGACCCCCCCGUUAGGCGUUUUCCUGCUGUGUCUCACGCCGACUUUGUGGGCUGUUUUUCCGAGGGACUGCCCCUCUGCUCCCUGACCAGCUCUUGGGACAGAACGUGAAACCGAGGGUGAAAAGUAGAAGGGGCAGUACUUCGUGUUUGUUCAUUAAAGGGUAUCAGGAACCGUUGGCUUACAACUGACGUUGAUUUAAGCAAACGUGUACCAGUCCUGCGGGUUCGGUUUGGACAAAAAAAAUAGCAAACCGAUGAAUGUCUGGGGCUUCCUAGAGGCAAGGGGGGCAUGUGCGGCGCUGUGGACCGCGUGGCGGCCGAGGCUCCCGUUGUGACCACAGGACGGGACAGGGUGGGGGACACCUUGUGGAAAUCUGCAACGUGGGAGGGGUCUCGGGCACUGCUUAGCCCAGGCGCGUGCACGCACACUUGCCUCCAGAUGGUCUUGUUGCCGUGGGCCCCGCAGCCCCCAACGGUGUGGCCCUGCGAAGGCUCAGCCUGAGGACCGGACUCCGUCCAGCCCUCGGUGCACGCGGGGCCACCUGUCAGUUGGAGGAUGCUGCCGCCAGCGGCGAGUGCGCGGUGGCCUGGGGUCGGCGCACAGAAGCCUGAAGGAGCGUGUCCGGCUGGCGUGGCGGCCUCACCAGGCGAGGGUUCUCCAUGAAGAUUUGCCUCCACUGAGUCCCGACCACCGGCUGGGACGUGGGAGCCCUGCCUUCUCGCGAAGCAGGACUUCCCACGUCGGACGGUUUGGGCCCGCGUCCUCGCGCAGAUUCCUCCCCAAACGGGCGAAAGCGUUGGGCAGGCCCGCGGCUCUCACUUGGGGGCGACCUUCACGGACACGCAUCCGGGACCCCAGGUCCCCCCGGGCCCCAGUGCCGCCUUCUGCCUUAAAGCUGUGGGGGUGUUUGUGCGUGUCAGGGACGUGCUCCCCUCGGGGACAGGCACCAGGCUAGCUCACAGGGCCUGGGCUGGCAGGAGAGGGACCCUGAACCUGUCGCUUCUGCUCCCCUUUUCUUGCCGACACCGUGUUUGUGGCGUCCCAGAGAGCCUGCACCCGGCCGGCCAUGGCUGCCUGUGCUAGGCUGUCCUUUCUUCCUGCGCGCCCCGCUGUCCUGCGUGUGGGCUCGUGCCUGUGGCGGCCCGCUCCUCCUGGGGGACGGCACGGUUCCUCUGAAGCGGCCGCGGCGUGGCCGCCACGGACUCCCACGAGCCAGGGCGGCUACCGGUGCCCGGGGCCCCGGGGCCUCCGCCCUCCGCGAGCUGGUCGGUGCGUUUCCUCUGGUGGCAGCCCCGGCGCUGUCAGGGCGGUGAGGACACGGUGUCUGUGCACUGGGUUCUUCCCGCGGCUCCUUCGGCGAACAGACCCCCUCCAGCGGCACGUGUGCGGCGUGCUGGUGGGAACGAUCCUCAGAGCUUUCUCGAGUGUCUGUUGGGGUGCAGAGUCCGGAUCUAUCUUUGUAAAAUAUAUUUUUGCUUAUCAGCCUUCUAAUUUAAUAAAUGAUAUCUAUAAAAAUAGAGAAUUAAACUCCUCCGAUGAAACUUGA